AUGCGUUCCUUCGUCGCCGCUGCUCUCUUCGCGGGUGCCAUGGCCCUGCCCAACCCUGACAAGACCGUCUGGCAGACCGACGUUGUCACCGUCACCUCGUGCGGCCCUAAUGUCUCCAGCUGCCCGGGCAAGUCCACGUCGAUGCCCAGCGCCUCCAGCUACCCAGUGUCCGCCUCCUCGACCGCAGACCACAAGGCGACCUCCUCUGCCGUUGAGAUGACGACCAGCACCAUCUACGCCACCUCGAUGGUGACCAUCACCUCGUGCGGCGCCCACGUCCCGAGCUGCCCCGCCGGCAGCACCGUCGUCAAGACUGUCACCAUCCCGGUCUCGACCACCGUCUGCCCGGUGACCACCACCCCGGCCGCCCACCCGUCCAGCUCCAUGCCGUACCACCCAAGCAGCGCCGGCUACCCCAAGGAGUCGAGCUCCGCAGCCUGCCACCCGGGCUCCCCCGGCUGCCCACCAGUCGCCAGCAGCUCUGCCUACUGCCACCCAGGUAGCCCAGGCUGCCCGCCCGUGGCUAGCAGCUCGCACCCGGCUUCGCCAUCCAGCUCCAGCCGUGCCUGCCACCCGGGCACCCCGGGCUGCCCGCCAGUUGCCAGCAGCUCUGCCUCUGCCUGCCACCCAGGUUCCCCCGGCUGCCCGCCCGCACACCCGACCGGCACCGCCCCGGCCUGCCACCCCGGCUCGUACGGCUGCCCGCCAGUCGCUAGCAGCUCCGCCCCGGCCUACCCGACUGGCUCUGCUCCGGCUUGCCACCCGGGUUCCCCUGGCUGCCCGGCUUACCCGUCUGGCACUGGCUCUUACUAUGUUCCUAGCGGCACUGGCUCCCCAGUCAAGCCCUCCACCCCGGCCCAGUUCACCGGCGCUGCCAGCCACAUCAAGGCUGGUGCGCUUGUUGGCGCUGGUGCCAUCGCUGCUCUGUUCUUGUAA